AUGACAAAACUAUCCAAUUGUGCUGCUGUUGCUAUGCUUACAGGUAAGGCAAACUGCCCUUACUAUGCCAAAGCUGAACUCCUGGCUGACUAUCUCCAGACUAACUUACCCAACUUCAGAGUUCACAAGAUUACUCAGCACCCUGACAAGUGGGAGCAGUGGCUUCGUGACAUUUGUGAAACAAAUGGAUGGGAACACAGACAGUCUCCUAUCAUUUGGAGAGAACUGCUGGACCGUGGAGGGAAGGGUCAGCUUCUGGGAGGACUUAAUGAAUUUCUGGAAUAUGCUCAGAAAUAUUACGGCAUCACUUCAAUGAUGCUGAGUGAGGAGAUGUUAGCCAUUGCUGAGGAGAACCUGCAGGCACAUCUUGAAAUUGUAAAAGAGGAUGAAGAGAUUAAAAGUCUUAUCAAGCCUAUGCAGAUCUGGAUUACCAGUGCAUCAGUUCCAAUCUGUUAUCAUCUGAUCCCACUGUUGGCAAGUGGAGAAGUGUUUGGGAUGACCACAGAAAUCAGUAUCCAUUUGCUUGACACUGAGCAGUUUAAGGAAAUGCUUUGCAGUAUUGUAAUGGAAGCUGAAGACAUGGCAUUCCCACUUCUCCGCAGUAUUUCAGAGCACACAAAAACAGAUCAGGCUUUUAUUGAUGCUGAUAUUGUCAUUGUUCUUGAUGAUGUCCUCUUAAACCUUGAAGUCCAAUCCCUUGAGAACUACAUCAGAGAAGUGAGUGAGAUCUGCCAAGUGUAUGCUCCCUUGAUUGAGAAGAAUGCCAAGAGUGAUGUCAAAGUCAUUUCAUCAGGAAAAACCUUUGCAAACCUUAAGGCAACAAUGUUAAGGAUGUAUGGCACAUCCAUUAGGCCUGAAAAUAUCAUUGCCAUUUCAACAUCCUGGGAAAGUGCAGCUAAAGCCAUGCUGGCCAGGAAGCUGAAUAUGAACACAGCAGGAGUUAAAGAUGUGAUUGUUUGGGGCAAUAUUACUGGGUCUAACUACAUUGAUUUGUCACAUGCAAAACUUUAUGGAUAUGACUGUGCUAUUCGGGGCCCUCCUAAUUUUCAACGUCCUUUGUUGAAUAUGAUUUAUGAUAGCGAAUGGAUCCAUUCAGAGCUCGUGUCGGCACAGAGCACGCUGAGUUCCCGGGUGUCCCGUGGCAGGGGAAUGCUACCUGCUCAUGCCGUAGCCACGGUGCUGCGGUACUGGUACCAUGGCUCUCCUUCUGAGGAGAUCAUUUCUGUGGGAAUACUUAGUGAAGGUCAAUUUUGCAUUCCUGAAGGAAUUAUCUUCUCUAUGCCAGUGAGGCUCCAGAAUGGUAACUGGGAAGCCAUGACAGAACUAGAAAUUAAUGAAACGACCCAAAAAGUUCUAGGGCGCUUAGCCCAUGAGCUGGUUCAGGAAAAGCUCGUUGCACUAAAGGAAAUUAAUGAAAUGCAUCCAUAUGAAGCAGAAUAAAAACUCCACAUCUUCUCCUAUGUGUUUCUCUACUGCUUUUCCUAUCAUUUUGCUUUUCAAGUUUUGUCCUCAUUCAUCAAAAGAACAGAUGAACACCAAAUCAUGUUUUAGUUUUGUUUUUUCACUUUCCCCUCUAUUUUCAGGUUGUGAAAUUCCUGCUCUUUUCCAAUGUUCUCACAAUUUCUUUCUAAUUUUCACUCUUACAGACCUUUUCCCUACUUUGUUUUCUUUCACCCUUCCUUCAGAUUCUUUCCAGUGCUUUUAUAUCAGCCUAUUCCUUACUAUGAGCUGUUCUUCUCCAUUAAGGAAGGGCUGAAGAAUGGGGAAACUAUUCCGAGUUAGAUACCAGAGCCUCUACUGAGCACAAAGCCUUUUGGUUAUCCAUGCUUGGUUUUUGGGAAAGGACUAAAGACACACUAAGAUAUUCUUGAUGAAUGCAGAAUUAAAUUAUUUGGCUAACCAUGACCUUGUUUAACCAGACAGGGAAUUCCCAAUAAGAUAAGAGUGUUGUUCCCUGUCUGCUCUCCGCCUGUAUGGCACUGCUGUUCUGUAGAGCUGUCCUGUUCCUCUUGUGUCAGCGUUCAGUGCUAAGCAGAGGCCUCCCCACUGCUAGCAGCAGUGUGCUUAGUUGUGGCCUCCUCUUGUGACAUCAGUAUCAGGUGUUCAAGUAUUCCCAAAGUGCCCUGCUUUAUCUUCUUGCAUGUGGAAAUAUUUUAGGAGGCUAGCAAAAAUAGCUCAUGUUUUGCCUUUUUUUUAAACAGAAAUGG